UGGCGCCUCGGGAGGCAGCGCAGCAGCAGCAGCAACUUCACAAGCUCAGGUUCUGCUGACAAGCUCCGCAGUAGGUGUUUUGUGCUCCGCAAUAACCACAUGGAGUGAUCGUCAUGGCGGAGAGUUUCUGUUUCCGUCCGCUGGCCAUCGACGUGGUCGAACCCAUAGGUUCAGUCGUGCCCAAACCUCGCAGUGGUCACAGAAUAGUUGCCAGCGGUGCCACUGUGUACGCUUUCGGAGGAUACAACCCCGACAACGCGGGUGAAAAUCACAGCAGUACGUUGUUCAAGGAGCUAUGGAUGUUCAACUCGUACACUAAGCGGUGGACGAACCUCUCCAUGACAGGCAAUGUACCGACGGAGCUUGUCUCACACGCUGCUCUGCUGCAUCACGACAAGAUGCUUGUGUAUGGAGGCACAGGCGUUCCUUUUGGGGAGCGAAUUUCCAACCGGCUUUAUGCAUUCAACCUGCGAAGCCACCACUGGGUCAUGUGCCAACCAGUGGUGAUCUUCCCUACGAACAGUACGGACAGGCCAUGUGCUGUCACAAAGGCUACCUGUAUGUCCUUGGAGGCACAACAGGCUUUGAGUACUCCAUGGAUGUCCACCGGUUGUCUCUGGAUGACCUCACGUGGAAGCGUCUUCACUGCUGAAUUUAGGCCUACACGAAGAUAUCGUCAUGAGCUCGCUGUCUAUGAGGAUCGGAUUAUUGUCCUUGGAGGUGGCACGGCGCAUGACAGUCUGCCCCUGCGCAAGCUGCCAGCAUUUAACACAAUCACUCUUUGGUGGGAGUCCCUGUCCACGACACCUGAUCCGGGGCACGGUUUCCCCGCAAAGCGAAGAUGCCACAGCAGUGUUCAGUACCGCAACUCUGUUUUCGUGUGUGGUGGUCAUACGGGCACGCAAGUGCUCAAUGACGUGUGGAGGCUAGACCUGCCGACCCUCCAGUGGCGCAGGUUGCACAUUUCUCUGCCUAGUCCAGUCUACUUUCAUGCAGCUGCAGUGACUGAGAGUGGCCAGAUGUUUGUCUUCGGUGGUGUCACAGCUGUAGACGGUACGUCUCGCUGCAACAGCCUUUGGUCAAUGUGGCUCACUGUGCCCAGCCUGCUAGAACUUUCUUGGCUGGCUCUGUUACAAGCCGCACCCUGGUUGGCUACCCUGCCUCCGAAACAGCUCGCAAGAGACGGUGUUCCCCUCUCCAUCCUGGAGAAGCUGCACCAAUGAACUCAAGCUCGUGUUGCCAGUGCUGACUAUGUGCAAAAAGACAUCACCACAAAGGCACACACCUUUGUGUCGGACUUUGGUGAGCCUCUCCAUAGAGGCAUUGGCGUUUGCAAAUAAAAAAAGAAGAGAGGGUGAUUAUUGUGCCCUGAUGGUUGUAUGCAGACAAGCCCUGUUUGACCUGUGGAGGUGUCCUCCGCAAAAAGUGAAUUUGCCAGGCUUGGUAAUAGCAGAGAGCAAUAAGAGUGCCUCAUCCUGAAGGAUGGCUAUAAGACUUCUACUAUUAACAAGCCUUGACACGAAUUCAAUAUUUUGUGAAGGCAGAGCGUUCUUUGCAUUCAUACUGGCCACAGCUAAAAACUAUUGGAAGUGUACCAAUAGCUUGGCCAGAAUGUCGCUCUUGUAGUUAUGCAAAAGACUUGGAUGCAGCUAUGGAUUGACAAGCGUUUAGAUAGUAACAUGCGCAAACGCACAGCCUAAGUGGCUGCAUUUGCUUGCGUGAUUUAAACACUUAUUGGCUGGGCAAUUUUACUUGGCUGUUAAGAAGGGCGUCAGUUAAAUGGGGCUUAUAAACUCUUGCAAGCAUGCAGGAAUGGAAGUGCAAUCUCCUAGUGAAAAAGAUGAAGCUGCAGGCAUUUUCUCGCUGCCUGAUGAUGUAUGUAAGGGCAUUUCAUGUACAUAUGUGUGUUUGCUGAAGCUGUAAAGUCCAGAGAGAAGGAAUGAGUAUUUCAGCUGAAUGCUACUUCUGAUGUGUACAAAAUAAAGUAACUUAUGUUUGCAGCUCAUAAGAAGCAAAGAUUUAUUCCAGGGAAGCCUUGGAUCAUUCUAAUAUGAAACAAAAUACGGGAACACUCCAGUGCCGUUUAUUUAAUGCUAUAUGUUUGCGUAUUUUCUGCAAGGUCACUGCAUUUGUUAGAGCAAGCACUUGAAUGCAGAUGUAUCCAGCAAACACAAGUGCACUGACAUUGACAUGCUUGAAUGACCACUGGUGUGGUGUCUCCCAUGUGAGCUGUUUGUUGAUGUUGGAGAAGCUAGUGUAUUGUCAUGCCAGAGGCAUUUCCUUGAGCUCUGUGACAUGAUCACUCGUACAACCAUCACUUCAGUGUUCGGCACCAAAGUGCUGUGGAGGUUACAGAUAAUUGCAGAGCAAGUGCUCUUUUCGGUUAUUGCCUGGAAUUGUGCAUAUACUAAGAAUAGGUCACGUAUCUCGUAUUUUAGGAUUGGCGUGCGUUCACUGACCCAGCAUAUAGUAAUAAGCUUUGUUUUGUACGUAGUUUUUUCAAUUCUAACUAGUUAAACAUACAGAGAUGUAUGCCUUGAAAAUUAUUUUGAGCAAUUAAACAUGCAGUGGAAUGUGUUCCGCAUUCUGCAUGGA